AUGAACGAUGGCUACGGAAACCAUGACGCUUGGGUCCAGUCACGCUUCAGGGAUCUUCAGAUAGUUUUCCAGGAGAAUGGGUUGUACCUCAGGGAGGACAGUUUUAUGCCGCUUCUCAACAUCAGCCCAGAUUGCCUGCGGAAGAUCCUGAAGUGGGUGAAUAGACACAAGCAGUCUGAGGCAGAUCUGACACCAAACGAGAUCAAAGCGCUCCGCGAUUGGGAGACGUCGUUCCUGUCGGUGGACAAGGUAAUCCUCUUCGAUCUCAUCGCGGCAGCGCAACACCUCGAGAUGUCCGAUCUCGUGGAGUGCGCGCAGAAAGUCUUGCUCGCUCUCCUCAAGAGAGGGAAUGCGGCCGACAUAAGGCUCCUGCUUGAUGUGGACCGUUUCGAAUGA